GUCAUGUGACUUCGCACGUGACGUUGCUGUUGACACGCCGUGUUUUGAGCGUUGUGCGUCUGCGUAAAACGUAACAAACAAACAAACAAACAAACACACACGUGCACGUGAACAUGGCAGAACCGGCUGAGAAAGCAUAUUACAGGUUUGUGGUGCUGUUUUUUAACUGCAUGCUGACCUUUGGCUCAUACUUCUGCUUCGACAUCCCCAGUGUCCUACAGCAACAGUUCCAGGGGAACCUGACGUGUGUGAACACCACAGUUGGGAAUGAAACAGAGUGUGUUGAAGGACUCGGCAUGACGCCGCAGGAGUACAACCUGCUGUAUGCUGUAUAUGCUUGGACGAACGCUGUGGUGGUGAUCAUGGCAGGAUUCCUGAUCGACAAACUGGGCAACCGCUUUGGCGUGUUCCUUUUCUCCUUCCUGUGUGUGUUGGGUUCCUCCAUUUUUGCAUUAGGUUCUCAUUUUAAAGGAUCUCCGUACCUUCUGCCACUCAUGCUGACAGGUCGUCUGCUAUUCGGCUCUGGGAACGGCUCUCUGACCAUUGUUCAGAACAGGAUCACAGCGUUCUGGUUCAGAGGGAAGGAGUUAGCUUUAGCUUUCGGUCUCACUCUCGCAUUCUCUCGACUCGGAUCUGUCCUCAACUUCUUCCUGACUCAGCGCUUCGAGGCUCAGUAUGGUAUACAGUGGACACUGUGGGGGGGCACUCUGCUGUGUGUGCUGGGUUUCCUCUCUGCUAUAACAGUCAGUGUUCUGGAUAAAGUUGGCAUGAAACAGCUGGGACUGGAGGGAACAAUACAGGAGGAGUCGCGCAAAGUGAGAGUGCAGGAUGUACGAUUGCUCUCUCUACGUUACUGGUUGCUUGUUUUCACCAUCAUGUUCUUCUACAAUGGCAUUUUCCCCUUCAUCGCUGAUGCCAGUAAGUUUAUCCAGGAUAAGUAUGAGGGCUACACUCAGAAGCAGGCAGCAUACAUCACCGGGGCAGUGUACGACAGCUCACUGGUGUUAUCUGCUGCUGUGGGCAUUCUCAUUGACUACGUGGGCCUGCGUGGGGUGUUUGCUGUACUGUGUGCGGUUUGUACACUUCCUGUGUUUGGGUUGUUGGCCUUCACAUUCGUCCCUCCGCUCGUCUCCACCAUCUGGCUCGGGAUCACCUACUCCUUUGCUGCAGCGAGUAUGUGGCCCUCCAUCCCCCUGGUGGUUCCCCGCUCCACUCUCGGGACAGCGAUGGGUUUGGCGACGUCGGUGCAGAUGAUUGGCAUCGGGCUGUGUAACCUCAUUGUGGGAGAGAUAUUGGGGGAGAAGAACAGUGAUUCUAAGAUUCCGCUAUGGCGAUGGCAGCAAAUGAUGAUCUUCAUGUUAGCAAACACAGUCGGCUGCAUCAUCACAUCUACUGUACUGAACAUUAUUGACCGGAGAGAGGGAGGCACAUUGAAUAAGAUGACGAAGAAAUCAGCGGUGCAGAACUCUGAGGAUCACACAGACAGAGAAACACUCAUCACUAAUGAAGAGGAGACGGAGAGAGACAACACCACCCUCAACUCUUAAACAGCACAGUAAAAUAUUUCCUUCAUACCCCAACUUUGGAGGCUGGGGUCAGAGCACAGAGUCAGACAUGAUGCACCACUGAAACUGAGAGGGUUAAGGGCCUUGCUCAGGGGCCCAGCAGUGGCAUCUUGACGGUGCUGGGACUUGAACCUUGAUGGGACUUGAACAACCCAAAGCUUUAAAAACUUUUAAUGAAAAAUAUUUUGCACAUAAUUUUACAGACUGAUUUAAAUAAAGUAUAAUUGUGUAACACUGUGUGUGUGUGUGUGUGUGUGUGUGUGUGUGUGUGUGUUUGAAGUAUUAUCAUAUAAUAUGAACUUUUGUUUUACAGAAUAAAUGUUUCUGAUGUUAA